UAGAGUCGGAAAUCCAGGCAGAAAGACAGUUGAGGGGAAGUACAUCAAGCUUUAGGAGCAGGCACAGUCGUCAUAGCUACAAGAGUGAGAUUCGAACGUGGAUCAACCAGCCAACAGACACUCCAGGGAAGGCUGAGGGCCAACAAGCCGGUGCGUCAACAUCAACCCCGCUUGCAUCCACAGAAAACGUAGCGUUAGCGGUACCGGUCCAACGAGUUGUCCCGCCAAGUCAGUCGACCAUUCUCCCGGAUCAUUCGACGGCAGUUCAAGAGAUUGUCAGUCACCGUUCACUCUCCGAGGCAAACAUCAUCCAAGCCCCGGGCAUUCAUCCUCCGAACGCCCAAGGUCAAGCAAGCAUUGUGGCUGUAGUUUCGGUAGCUGGCUGCGAUCCGUUAGGAACGGCAACAUUGACCAAUGCUGUUACCACCCCUCCGUUCGCGCAGUUGAUCUCAGCUCCGAAUCACGACGUCUUCCAGCAAGACCAGCAGAAACCAUCUCCGCCAUCUCCAAUCAGACGACAGCAUCCACCGACGAAUCAGUCAGGUCCAAAGGAACCAGCGUUGUCAGAUGCGGAACCAUUGGUGGGACGUCAGGUUCCUGCCCAAGCCUAUGCUGAAGGAGAAGUUCAUGCGGGAGCAAUAGGUUCGCAGCAACAGAAGGUGCCCCAGCAAGUCCAACAGCCUAAUCAACCUUUCCGCCCCAAUACCGGUUACUACGUUCCGCCAGCCAUGAACCUGAAUACUCCAGCACAUCCAGCUGCAUCGUUUCCCGUACAGUGGCCACCAAAUGCUAAUGUGGGUUUCGUGGGUAAUCGAUACCCAACUGUCAGCCACCAUCCCGUGCCACCAGCCAGCGCGUGUUAUCCCACAAGUUUCUACCAGCCACCAUACAAUGCUGGUCAGCCCACAGGUCCAAUACCGACUUGGGAACCACUGAAUGCAGCACAUCAGCGGUCGAAUACGGUGCAGGAAGCAACAAUAAGAACCAACACGACGCAAGUUCAGCGGGAGCCUGGACAUAACACUCAGCAGUCCUUUGCAGGCCAAGCUCCGAGCUUCUACCCUGCGCCAACUGCUGAAGGAGUUUUGAGUGCACAACAUUUAGCCGCCCGACAAGUUGUAUCCCGCGAUCUUCCCAGAUUUUCUGGUGAUCCCCUUGAGUGGCCAAUGUUCAUUAGCGCAUAUGAGUCCACGACGGCCAUGUGUGGGAUUCAGCCGGACGAGAACCUGGCCAGGCUUCAGAAAUGCUUGGUAGGAGGCGCCAGAGAGAAAGUUCUCAGCAUCCUAACGCUGCCGGCUGCGCUACCCGAGAUUAUUGAGACACUGCGGGAAGAAUGCGGACGACCAGAACAGCUGGUUCAUUGCCUCCUGGUAAAGAUUCGACACGCUCCUGCUCCGAACGUUAACAAACUCGACACGUUAAUUAACUUCGGCAGGGAGAUCAGGAACUUGGUAACCUAUAUCGAGGCUGCAAAUUUGCAGGAUCAUUUGUCGAAUCCGAUGCUAUUGUCAGAACUUGUAGGGAAGUUGCCCCCAAGUCUUCGGCUAGAUUGGGGGCUUCAUACGCAGAAGGUCCCCCAAGCGACGCUAAAAGCUUUUAGCGAUUACGUCACGUCAAUUAAGGCUGCUGCGUGCAAGGUUUCAUUGCCAAAUGAAAGCAGUCAGGAGGAAAGCCGUCGUGGAAAAAAGGAGAAGGGUGGUUUCGUCAAUGCACACUCCAUCGAUGAGAAGCGUGUGACCGAGUGCAGUACGAGAAACACGAAUAACACAUCGUCUUCUAAGAAGGAGUUUCUGCCUAGGUCCGAAACCUUCAAACCCAAGCCAUGCCCUGUUUGCAACCGGAACGAUCACAAGCUUCGAGAAUGUGAAAAGUUUAUCGGCUUCAAUGUGGAUCAGCGAAAGCGGCUUGUCGGUGAAAUGAAGCUGUGCCAACGUUGCUUAGGGAGCCACGGCAAAUGGCCAUGCAGAAUGAAACAGUCAUGCGAGGUCGACGGCUGUGCAGAACCGCAUCAUAAACUUCUGCAUCCCUCGAAACCGAAAACCAACAGCAGCGUCCAACCAGCAGGUUCUUCUGGUGUUAUUUCCGCCCACUGUUCACGGCAAGCCGGCGUACUAUUCAAGGUACUACCCGUCAUUCUCUCUAGUAACGGGAAAUCCGUCUUGACCUUCGCUUUCCUGGAUGACGGAUCCAACCUCACGCUGAUGGAAGAGGAAAUUGCCGAUGAGCUUGGAUUGCAGGGCAACGUAAGUUCAUUAUGCAUCCAAUGGACCGGUAGCGUAACAAGGAAAGAACCGACCUCACGACAAGUUGAGCUGCGCAUUUCUGGCGUCCAUGGUGGACCGGAGUAUACCAUGUCCGAAGUCCAAACCGUGCCUCACUUGGAUCUGCCUCAACAAAGCCUGGACUAUGAGAAACUCUCCAAGGAAUUCCCACACUUAAGGGGACUUCCAGUACGAAGCUUUUUGAAUGCGGUGCCCAAGGUUCUUAUUGGACUAGAUAACGCGGCGUUGAAGCUGACACUGGACAAGCGCGAGAGACGAAGCAGGGAACCAAUAGCUGCCAAAACGAGACUUGGGUGGACUAUUUUCGGAGGAGCACAAGGAGGACAACAACGGACUGAUCGCGUCAUGCUGCACGUAUGCAAUUGUAAUGAAGACGAGACUCUUCACAAUCUCGUCAACGACUACUUUUCGGUAGAAACCAUUGGUGUUAACCCUACGAUGCCUUUAGAGUCACCUGAAGAUCAGCGAGCUAGGCAGAUCUUGGCCCAAACUACUCGCCGCACUGACUCAGGAAGAUUCGAAUGCGGCCUGUUAUGGAAAAGCGACGACUUCGAACUCCCUGAUAGCUACAAAAUGGCGGAACGACGAAUGGUUUGUUUGGAGAAGAAGCUCGGAAAAGACCCAGCUCUGAAAAUGAAGGUGUUAGAGCAGAUUGACGAGUAUCUGGAUCGCGGAUACGCCCACAAGGCUACUGAGGACGAGCUACGAGAUUCCGACCAACGUCGGGUAUGGUAUCUUCCCAUUGGCAUCGUCCAGAAUCCCCGGAAACCCGGGAAAGUACGAAUUGUAUGGGACGCGGCGGCACGCAUCGGAAAUACAUCACUCAACUCAAUGCUGCUCACUGGACCAGACCUUUUGACUCCACUUCUGAAGGUCAUGUACGGAUUCCGGCAACGACAAUAUGCUGCAGUUGGAGACGUACGACAAAUGUUUCACCAGCUGUUGGAUAGACAGGAAGACAGGCAGGCUCAACGUUUUCUAUUCCGGACAGAUCCGGAACAAGCACCGACAAUCUACGUAAUGGACGUCGUAGUUUUCGGAACAUCGUGUUCUCCGUGUCUUGCUCAACAUGUGAAGAAUGCAAACGCUGAGGAGUACAAGGACCUGUAUCCAGAUGCGGCCUCGGCAAUCAUCAACAAAACCUACGUCGACGAUUUCCUGGAUAGCAGAGACAGUAUCGAAGAGAUGGUCCGUAUAGUCAACGAGGUGCGCUUCGACCAGGCUGGAUUCGAACUUCGAAACUGGCAGUCCAAUUCUGAGGACGUUCUUCGACGGGUCGGGGCCGACAUCAACGAAACUGCGAUAUCCUUCUCGGUGGAAAAAUCUACGAUUGCCGAACGAGUCCUAGGAAUGAGAUGGGACCCCAAGGACGAUUUAUUCGUGUUCGAUACACAAUUUCGUGAAGAUCUUCUACCGUUGCUGACAGGAGUCAUCGUUCCUACUAAACGACAAGUUCUUCGCGUGGUUAUGAGCCAUUUUGAUCCUCUGGGCAUCGUAGCUACAUACACUGUGCACGGAAAAAUCCUUAUCCAGGACGUGUGGAGAUCUCGCGUAUCGUGGGAUGAACCAAUAACGGCGGAAGACUUCGAAAGCUGGCAGCGCUGGGUGAGACUAGUUCCAAACCUGACGCAGGUUGAAAUUCCGCGAUGCUACUUCCCGAACUAUGACCCGGCCAGUUACGAUUCUAUUGAAAUCCACGUUUUCGUCGACGCUAGCCUGAAAGCGUACUGCGCCGCAGCGUAUUUUAGGAUCAUCGACAAUGGCUCGCCACGUUGUGCCCUAGUAGCAGCAAAGACGAAAGUGACACCAUUACAACCGCAAUCAAUUCCAAGAAAUGAACUGAGUGCCGGAGUAAUCGGAGUGCGACUGCUUAAAAGUGUUCUGGAGAACCACUCAAUACCUGUCAAGAAACGGUACAUGUGGACGGAUGCAACAACCGUUCUGGCUUGGUUGAGGGUAGACCCACGAAAUUAUCGGCAAUUUGUAGCUUUUAGAGUUGCCGAAUUUCAGACAGAAACACGUGUGGAGGAGUGGCACUACGUACCAUCGAGUUUGAACGUUGCGGAUAAGGGUACAAAGUGGGGAAGUGGACCCUGCUUCGAUCCAGCCAGUCCGUGGUUCACGGGACCUGAAUUCUUGUAUCGCGCAGAAAGUGAGUGGCCACGUCAACCAGCGAAGUUUGUGGAGCCACAGGAAGAAGUCAGAGUAGUCCAUCACCACGUAGCAGUUUGCGAUUUCGUCGUGGACUUUACGAAGUUUUCCAGUUGGGGAGAUCUGCUCAAGAACGUCGGCUACUUGUAUCAUUUCGUUCAUCGUUGUCGAUCAUCACCAAGAUUGAUGACCAAGAGCAGAGUUGCAGUGUUGGAGCAGAAAGAUUAUGCGGCGGCUGAAAGAAGUGUUUGGCGAGUUAUCCAAAGUGUGGAGUAUACCGGUGAAAUCGCCACUCUUCUCAAGAAUUCCGAGCUUCCCAGCGACCAACAGAUGCCGUUGGAAAGAAGCAGUCUUCUCAAAAAGCUGUCCCCAUUUUUGGACGACGAAGGUGUGCUGAGGAUGCGUAGCCGUAUUAAUGAUGCUGCCAUCUACUAUUCCUACGACUUUCAAAACCCAGUGAUCGUUCCAAGGAGAAAUCACGUCACCGAACUGCUGAUCUACAAGUAUCAUCAACGCUAUGGACACGCUAACGUCGAUACCGUCGUCAACGAGUUGCGGCAACGCUAUUACAUAGCCAGAGUUCGUUCCGUAGUGAAAAACGUAGUAAAGCAGUGUAUGUGGUGCAAGGUUUAUCGAGCGAAGCCGGCCGAACCAAGAAUGGCGGAUCUACCACAUCCCAGAUUGAAGCCUUACGUUCGUCCGUUCACAUUCACAGGCCUGGACUACUUUGGGCCGUUGAUAGUGAAGCAUCGUCGGAGUAACGAAAAGCGGUGGGUAGCACUAUUUACGUGUUUGACCGUGCGGGCUGUACACGUGGAAGUAGUGCAUUCGCUAUCAGCAGAAGCCUGCAAAAUGGCGAUUCGCCGUUUUAUUUCCCGAAGAGGUGCUCCGCAGAAAAUUUUCAGCGACAAUGGCACUAACUUUCGAGGAGCCGCCCGCGAGCUUGUCAAUGAAACAAGAGCCAUCAAUCGGGAACUUGCGGCUAUAUUUACCAACGAAGAAAUCGAAUGGAUUUUCAACCCUCCAUCCGCUCCCCACAUGGGUGGUGUGUGGGAGCGAAAGGUUCGCUCAAUCAAAGAGGCGUUCAAAUCAUUGCACCACAGACAACAUCUGAACGAUGAGGAGCUUAUGACCUUCUUAGCCGAGGCUGAAAUGAUGGUCAACUCCCAUCCUCUAACAUUUGUACCGUUGGAGGAUUCGGCAGAAGAAGCAGUUACACCGAACAAUUUCCUGUUGAUGAGUUCGAGUGGGGCCAACACGUCAUCGAGGAUACCUGUUGAUGAAGAGGUGCCUCUACGGAUAAAUUGGAAGUUGAUGCAACAGUUGUUAAACCAAUUUUGGAAGCGUUGGAUCCAAGGAUAUCUUCCGACAAUUGCUCGUCGGACCAAGUGGUUCAGCGAUAUCCGCCCACUUCAAGUAGACGACCCGGUAGUCAUCGUAGAUGAAACUGUCCGAAAUGGGUGGUUACGAGGCCGAGUUGUGAAGAUCUACCCGGCAAAGGAUGGUCAAGUAAGGAAAGUCGAUGUCCAGACGUCUUCAGGAGUGUUCCAUAGACCCGCGAUCAAAGUGGCAUUGCUGGAUAUCCUACAGGAUAGUAAGGCCAUUCAAGGGUAAGGCAUUACGGGUCGGGGUGUUACGGAUUGCGCCCGAUAGGCCCUUUGGAUCGGAUCUACACUGAAGCGGCGCGUACGAUAGACGACGCGCUGCGGUAAAAUGUCAUCGUUGACACGUCGUUGGCAGAUGACUCAAGGAUGACAUCAGCGAAAUAGAAGAUAAUGAUAAACAACCUUGUGCAAGCGAAGAGCUAAUGGUUAAGCUAAAUUAAUUAAAAUCUAAAUAUUUCGUUCUACCUCUUUUGAAAACAUAGUAAUGCAUUUGUUAUUCUAAGCUUUUGAGACUAAGAGGUUUGUAGUGUUCAAAGUUCGUGUACACUCAUUGCACAAUUAUGGGUCACACACAAUUAUUAGUCACUUUCCACUUUAAUAGAUAAAUACUAAUUAAUUGCAAGCUUUUGUUAGCUAUUAUUAUUUUUCGCACAUAAGUUGAUUUGUUUUGUGUCACUAUACGUAUCGCACACGGGCUUAUACAUCAAAACAUACAUAUUUUCAAUAUUUUUUUGUUCGGCGCAAAACUAGCUGUCAAAGUACCGCUUCGAUUGUGAAUAUCGGACAGUGCGUGCGCUGCUUUCGUAAGCUCUGUAAAAGCGAGCUUCAGUGAUUUUCAUGUGCGAAAUGGUAUCGUCACCAGAACAAAGGUAUAAUUAACGUUCUAAAUGUAGAAAUUCAUGUGACUGCAGCUAAUUAAAGCUUAUUUCUGGCAAAAUUUAAGUGACUCAUUAUUGUGCCAAGGAACACCGAAAAUCACACAAUUAUGGGUCACUUUUUGUGCAGCAUAAUAUUGACAGUUCUGCGUACAUGGGCAUUGCAUACUUUUAGGCGUUUAUCGGUGGUUGUGUUGGAGAUUUUGACCCAAUUUUGAAAAAUUGAUUCCAAAUCGUGAAAACACGCUUCGUUAAGAGGUUUGAGACCAGUUUUAGAUUCUACUAUAGUUGAUCUAUCGAGAAUAAGUGAUCAUUCAUUGAAAAAAUAGACAAAACAUUAUUUUUGAGCCGAUUUCUCUUAAGUGACCCAUAAUAGGCAACAAAUUGACCCAUAAUUGUUACAUAGCCAAUUUUGACCCAUUAUUGUGGUUUUCAUUAUUCACCAAAAUUUUAGUAAUUUUCACCGCCUAAAGUGAAUUUUACAAGCAGAUUUUUAUUUAAAACAAUAAAAAGGGGUUUCAAUGAUGAGAAUAUAAAAUAAAAAUAAUGAAAGUGUUAUUUUUGUAUGAAAAACGAUUCAUAUUAUGAAAUGGUUGUUCCUUGAGUGACCCAUAAUUGUGCAAUGAGUGUAAUUAAUUGAAUUUCAUGCAAAUAACACUACAACAAAACAUGCCCACAUGUAUGAUAAUCAGUUCUUAAAAUUACAGCUUAAAAUCAGUAUUAUAACUACAAACUAUCUAAAUUCCUUAAUUGUAACCUAAUUAGUACGGAUAUCUUACGUAACCUUCAUAAACGGCAGCAGGAAUUCUUAUUGGAUUUUCAUAUAGUGAGGAAACUAAUUUGUAAGUAGCUUAAAUUUAUCAAUGAAUUCGCUUUGUUUAAUAAACUAUCUUUCCAGUCGAGUUUUGCGGAAAAUCCCGAACUGCGGAACAGUUUUUAUUACACGCAAUAAAACGAAAAUGAUUUUGUUUUGGCUUUAUGAUGGUAAUAAGGGUCUUCUCGAGUCUAUUUGGCUUACGUUCAAACUAAACUAAGAGUACAGAUUAAAGUGAAGAGUAAGGUGGAAAUGGAAGAGAAAAAGAAAUCAUAAAAAAAAAAUAAAAUGAAGAGUAAAAGAUAAAAAUAAAGUAUACAUUAAAAUGUAGAAUGUAGUGAAUUAGCGAGUAGGAUCAAAAGUAAGAAGAGAAUAAAUUGAAUAGAUCAACAAGGAGUGAGUUUAUGUUUAUGGUGAAAUAAAUCGAUAUCAACGAAAUAUCGAAUGAACAAUGAUAAUCUUUUGAAAUAAUACUAGAAUGCUUUUUCCAAUGAACCCCACACA